UGAAAACAGUGAAUCUUAAUUUAGACAUGGAAGAAACAAUUCCUAGCAAAACCAAAGUUAAAAUGCCCACAGAGAGAAGGAUAGUUUCAAAUCCUAACACAUUGGCUGAAAAAGCCCUUGAAAACCAGAUAGGUGUAGAAGAACAGGAAACACUGAGCCAAAAUAAUUCCAUGUGCAGGAGCAAAAAUCUGGAUAGUUGCUGGUUUCUGCUGGAAAUUGAUGAAGUCAUAGAUGGAGUUUCUGUGUGUGUUACAGAUGAAGAAAAGAAGUCCAGAGAGUUGGGCUGUGAAGAUGUACUUUUAGAUCAUGGUUUUGGCUUUCCACAGUCAGAGAACAAGUCAACAUAUCCGUCACUCUCAGAUGAUGUUACAAUUAUCAAUCCCUGUGUGAUUGAAAAAGAAACUAUGCCAAGAGAACACAAAGAGCCAUCUGAUGGAGAAAUCAAUAAUGUGGAAGAGGAAGAAAGCCUGCAACCACAACAAUCUCAGGGUGUACAAAUUGUCUUUUACGAACUGCUUGGGUCAGUAGUCAAACUUCUUGGAACUCCAAGUGUUAACUACGAAACUAUCAAUUUGGCAAAGCUCACAGAGCUGGAGGAUUCUUCAGUUGAUAAGAGCCAUGACGAGUGCAUGCAUUUUACCACAUAUAUGACACCGCAAACUGCAAGUAUCACUGAACUUUUUUCUAUUUUCUAA